GUGCUAAGAGUCCAAGACAGGAAGUUUAUGUUGCGUGAAUGUUAGCGAAAGAAAAGAAUGGCGGACAAAGUUUGAAAUUGCAUAACAUGUAGGUAACUUUAACAAAUGUUAUGUUUCGGCAAGUUACGUAGCUUUAAUAACUAAAAUGCAUUUGAACAGACUUUCGACGUUAAUAGUUUGAUUUUUAACGUCGAUCUGUCUUCAUCGAUGUUUCAGUUAAUCUUAUGAUCAAGUUGGAAAUCACACGGGUACGAAUACGCUUAUGGAUACACACGUACUGAAGUGUAGACGGUGCAGACAGGCAGUUGAUGAUGAUAUGGACAUGAGUUCAGGGUUGUCACGGUAUAUAUGUUAAAGUCAUAACUCAUCAAUCAUCAUGAAACGAAGUAAAAACGCUAAAGAAUUAAAUGAAGAAGAUGAUUUAUGGGAUUUUAAAUCAUUGAAGCGUUCCAAGAAGGUACCGAGCAAGAAAAAUAAUGCUAUUUCAGCAGAUUCGAGAACAAACAAUAGACCCAAACGAACUGUAUCCAAAGUUGCUUCACAACGGCUAAAAUCCCAAAUAGACAAUAGUGACAGCGAUUCAGACUGUUUGAUUGUCAGUUCACACGGCCACGACCCUGAGCUGAGGGAGAGUCGGAAGAGGGCAUUUUUGACAUCGAGAGGACCAAAUGAUGACCUCAUGAGUAAAUCUUCUUUGGCGAUGCAGACACAGCUUGGUGUAGAUGAGAGUGAUUCAAGCCAGACUUUGCAAGCAUUAAAAUCUCCACAAACACAGAAAACUACAAAUGUGAAAACAAAACGCUCAGCUAUUAAAACCAAGGUUAUAGCUAAAACAAAAGAUGUAAACAAAAUUGGAAAGAAAAAGACAGGGAGAAGAGAUAAGGCAAAGACAGAUGAGAAGACAAAUCAAAGCUCUGGGGGAUACUGUCCAUUUUGUCAAGUUCCAUUUUCUGCUCUGCUGCGACUGUCUCCCAAUGCUCACACAAUGGAAUGCAUGGACUUACCAUUUUUGCCUGACACUGAAGAGUGUGAAGAUGGUGUUUGCUGCUUGAGCCGCCUACCGUCGCACUACAGAAAGUACACACAUACACAGCUUGCAGGAUCACGGGACACAAGUCAAAACAGGAAGUCAGCAGACCUGACUGUCGAUGAAGAUGUUAAACUCCACAUAUCCAAUACAAAUGACAUGCCAAAAUCUACCUCCUCUCAGAAAAGUGCUGCCUCUACCUCAUCUUCAUCCAAGGCAACAUCAAAAUCUACCUCACAAGCCAACAGUACCAUUGACAGCCUUGAGAGUGAGGAGAUGGAAGAGCCUGUCCACAAAGGGGUUGGACUGACUAGGAUGGGGAAAACAGCCAAGAAAAACAUAAUGGAAACCAUUCCUGGGAAAAGUGCUGCAGUGAGUGCCAAGACUGACAAUGAUGAAGUUGGUGGGUUCUUUGUGGCACAUGACAGCGAUGACGAGUUGGAGAAAGAGUUGACAGAGUUGUUGGCGGGAUCAGAAGAUGAGGAAGAUAGAGGCGAUGUUGAUGAGGAUAAUGCUGAAAUUCAUUGUGAUCAGAAUGAACAUGUUGAAAUUGACAAGGAUCAGUAUGAAACUGACAACACCGGAAAUGAAAUUGGCAACAUGGUUAACUAUGAUGACUGUGAUGCUAGGGUUGGAGAUGACAUGGAAAUUUGUGAUAAAAAUGAUAAGAUGAAUGAUGAUGAAAAGUUAAGCAUUAACAAUGUCACAAGUGACGAUAAACUGACCACAGAUCCAAGUUUGAGUUUGGGGAAGGAACCUGUAUCUUCUCUGGCAAGAAAACAGACAUCAAUAUUUAGUUUUUUCAGUCGACCAAGCAUUAAAGCUUACAAGGCUGAAGCAGCAAAAACCAACCAAGCUGAUCAGACCUGUGAUAUCAAAGAAUUAAGGAAUGGUUUGGCCAGAAUUGCAUCCACCCCAUUGCUUGGUGACCCAAGUCCACUGGCUGGGUUUGAUUUGAAAAGAUCCAAGACUGUGGGUGCUGGUAUUUCUGGUGAUGAGAAGACUGUCUAUAACAAAGGUGCAGGGAGAAAUUGCCCCUUUUACAAAAGAAUACCAGGCACGACUCUGACCGUGGAUGCCUUCAGGUAUGGUGUGAUCCCGGGCUGCAGGGCGUACGUGCUCACCCACUUCCAUUACGACCACUACGGUGGCCUCACCAAGCACUUCAAGCAGCAUCUGUAUUGUAGCAAGGUGACCGGCAACUUGGUCAGGACAAAGAUCAAGGUGGAUCCACAGUACAUUCACACACUUCCCCUGAACCAGCCAUGUGACGUGGAAGGGGUGGAGCUAACUCUGAUGGAAGCCAAUCACUGUCCGGGUGCUGUCAUCAUCUUGUUACGUCUCAAGUCCGGACAGACGUUCCUCCACACAGGAGACUUCCGAGCAGACCCGGCUAUGGAGCAGUACCCACCCCUGGUCGGCACCAAGAUCCAACAGCUCUACCUCGACACCACGUACUGUGACCCCUCUUACACAUUCCCACCUCAGUCGGAAGUGAUCAAGUUUGCUGUGUCUCUAACCAAGAAGCAUGUUGAGGCCAGUCCAAACACGCUGGUCGUGUGUGGGACAUACACCAUCGGCAAGGAGAGAGUGUUUACAGCGAUAGCUGAUGCCCUUGAGAGCAAAGUAUGUGUGAAGAAAGACAAGAAGGUUAUCCUCGACUGCCUUGAGGACCAGCAUCUUCAGAAGAUGGUCACACUUUGCCCCACUGAAGCCAGGGUCCAUGUCCUGCCCAUGGGAAAACUAAAACCCAAUGAGCUCAGCAUCUACCUGAGUCAACACACCAAGUUCAACAGCAUCCUUGCUUUGGAACCCACUGGGUGGUCUCACAGCAACAGAGUUGUCUCCCUUGAACAGAUAAAGCCCAAGUACAGCAGGAAUGGCAUUACCAUAUAUGGUAUUCCAUACAGCGAACACAGCAGCUACCUGGAGAUGAAACGCUUCACCCAGUACAUCCGGCCAGACCGAAUUCUGGCCACUGUGAACAACACCAACCCAGAGAGUCGCCAGAAAAUGAACACUCUCUUCAUGACAUGGUUGUCUGAAGUGAAGAAACAUGAUCCAGCAAAGAAGGAGCCAGUACCCACAGAAAAACAAUCUUUCCUUUCCUCCUGGUUCAAAUAAUUGCCCUCAUGCUUCAAACGAAUAGUUUUGAGAAAUAGAGAUCUAUUUUCAGUCUGGGAGGUCACAGAUUUUAGUGCAAGACAUUGUGAAAUACCUGACAGGAUAUUGCCAUUUGAUGAAAAGGCAUGAUAUUGUCUUAGCUGAUAUCUGUCAUGGAAGUACAGUGACAGUUAAUUCUUGGGGUACAGAUAUUUGGAUCUCUUGCUUUUUCAAUAUGUCAUUAUAUGAAGAACACACAAAGGUUUACAGACAUAUAGGCUGGAUCUUAGACUUUAUAUAUAUACAGGGUAUUAUGGGAUGGUGUUUACCUGAAACAGAUGCCAGUGACAUACUCUCUGCAGUGUUUUAUUGUACAAGUCGUUUAUUUCUUAUAAGGAGAUAUCAACAUUAUGGACAGCCUCUUUAAGGAUGUUGAUAGAAUGUGCAAGCUUUAAAAAUAGUUACCUUAAUUUUAGAGAUGAUGACUCCCAGAAUAGAAUUCGACCUUGGAAGUGUCUGACAAAUCCAUUUUAGGAACAGGUGGGUUAAGUUUAGUAUUUCCCCCAUAUUCUCACAAUCUUCACGUUGAUUAUCUGUGCCUAUUCUCCCAAUACUGAUUGUCAUACAUAUUCUACUUUUGGAUGCGAUCGUACUGCCAUUGCGUUAUCUACAUUGCCUAGCUACAUCUAUGGGGAACAACUCACUAGACACUGCCUUCUCAAAAAUAUAGGACAUCAUCAAGUUGCAAGCGCAUAUUCGAAUCUCCAGAAAUGACGUCAUGAUAGAACAAUGUUAUAUUGUGAAAUAAACCAUGCAUCGUUCUUUAUUGCUCUUUGCAAUAUAUGGAAUAGCUAUCUUAUAUUUGUUAUUCCUAAUCAGAUAUCAAGUUUUAAUCUUGGCCUAGACUCAGAGGGAGUUAUUUAUUUACUGAAAUGUUCAUACAAUAUCAAAGUCAUUUCUUUGGACAAAAUCAUACCUCAUUCAAAUUUCCAAGUGGAGCAUUUCUGAGAGUAUAUUUAUGAUAUGUACUGUCACAUUUAUCCAGAACUUUCAAGAGUGUCAUCUGAUAUCUACUUUGUGUUCAUUGCCGACUCAAACUGUCACAUGUGUGUUUGUGCUGAAUGAUAUGUUCUAUGCCUGCUGCUUACAGUAGGAGUCACACCUCAAAUCUUCAUAAAGUGUUUCAUAUCCAAACAAGUAUAUUAGUUUCAUUUUAUGCAAGUUGUUUACACUGUCAAAUACUCUUGAGUCAAUCAGUCUGAAUUUGUCUUUUGGCAUCAUGAGUCCUAAGAGGCAGGGACCAUAUGUCGAUAUGGCUUCUGUAAGAGGCGACUAAAUGGAUCGGGUGAUGGGGUUUAUUGCAUGUCGUUGUAUCUCAAUUGUGUAUUUCGAUUCUCCUGUUGUUAAUCACUGUAUUGUCAGUCUGCUGCAGUUGUUUUUCUCAACCACACACUUCUGACAGAUGUCCGAAACUUCAUACCUGAUAUAGGUCCUAUAUACCUCCUAUAUACCUCCUAUAUAACUCGGGAGAAGUAUUCUUAUAUAUGAUUGAAUGACCUUGAAGUUCAAGGUCACUCAGUAUGAAUUAGGCCUAAAAAUAUGGCUCAAAUUAGAUGAAGUUUCUGAUUAAUUCAGGAGAAAUCUAAACAGUUUCCAAUCACAUGUGUCAUAGUUUAGUCACAUGUCAAAGUCAACUUGAAGGUCAUUCAAAAAAGCUCCUAUACAUGAUAACUUGAGAUUGGAAUAAUACAAAGCUUAGUGCACAUAUCCUCUAAGGCAGGGUCUCAACAGCAUCAACUCUAUAAAAGGUCACGGUCACAAGAGGUCAAAUUAUCAAACCUGGUUUAAAUUUUAUGUAAUCUUAGGUUAAUUCAUGUAAUAUCAAAGAUUUUUGCAAUCAGUUACUAUGUACACAAAGUCAUUAACUCAAGGUUUAUCAUGUCAUGAUUGUGUCCGAUGUCAAGGUCCAUGGUAUGAUGGGAAAGUAUUGGGGGGGAGAGGGGGGGGCUGCUUCUGCUUUUUCAUGUAUUGUAAACACAUACAUAUGAUUAAAUUGUCAGAGGGUGUCAGGGACAUUGAGCCUUUAGCAUCAGGGAGAUGUUGGCAUCUAUCAGGGAGAAUUUUUAUAUAGCAACCAUUAAAUUUAAAUGUUAUCCGCUCCGGCCUAGUACCAUAAAGGUCUUUUUUUAUCAUGCUUUCUGGGCCUUCAUUUAUGAAAGAAAAAACAAUUUGAGAGAAUCAUAAUAAUUUAGAUUUGUCCCAAUUUAAUUUCUUUUUCUAGUGAGGCCAAAAAAAUGACUGAGUCUUGAUGUAGCAUGAAAUUUUAUCUAUUUAUAAAUUUAAAAUCACGAUUGAUCAUAUUGUUAGUUUAUAAAGAUAUAAUUUAAAGAUGAACUUCAUUAAACCACAGAGUCGGAUGGCCAGGCUCGCUGACUUGGUUGACUUUGACACUUAUGAUGUAUAUACUUGAAAAUAGCUGGAAUAUUGCUGAGUGCGGCAUUAAGCAACAAACAUCCAAACAAACUAUUGUGUCGCUGCAUGUUUACAAUUAAGGGAAAUACAUAAAUUAUACAUUUGCUCAAACUGGCACAUGCUGACAUGGACAUUAUUAUGUUUUCAUGAAGGUAUUGUCAUGGAUGAUGUAUAUAGAUAUUGUAUUAAAACAAUAUAUAUGUAGUAUUAAAAAAACAACAAACAUGUUUAUGCCAUUUGUGAUAACUGCAAGAUUCUGUGGAUCAUUGCACACAGUGGUUGAGAUUGAUCACUAGCAGUGAACAGUUCAGUGUUUAGCAGUUUAGAUGUGAGGAGCUGUUGGUUGAAUUUUGUAUUUACAAGAAGUUCCUCAAGAAAAGAAAAUUUAAUAUUCAA